AUGUCUCCAAGCGCCAAAGAGAACGGCUCGAAUGGAGUGUCCGCAAACGGCCAUGAUGCUGUUCCAGACGUGGCCGAAGUACAACUUCCCCAAGUCGAGGGCGAGUGGACCGUAGACAAAGUUCUCGAUGCGCUUCCAGGCGACAAGCCUACCGAGGGUACAACCUCACCGCUAGCCUUCUUCCACAUUCUCGAGAAGCUGAAGACGAACAAGCGCGAGGGGUGGCGGCGAUUUGGAAUCAACAGGGGCGAAUCCAUCUCCGACCACAUGUACCGCAUGUCCCUGAUCAGCAUGCUUGCCCCCCCAGCGCUGGCUAGCAAACUCGACAUGGCGAAGUGCAUGAAGAUGUGCCUGAUUCACGACAUGGCCGAGUCGAUUGUUGGCGACAUCACACCCGUGGACGGAGUUCCAAAACAGGAGAAGAGCCGCCGGGAGGCCACAACUAUGGACUACAUCACCAAGGGCUUGCUGGGCAACGUGGACGGCGGGAAGGUGGGCGAGGAGAUUCGCGCCAUCUGGCAAGAAUACGAAGACUCCAAGACACUGGAGAGCCACUAUGUGCACGACAUCGACAAGAUGGAGCUUCUUUUGCAGAUGGUAGAGUACGAGAAGCGCGGUGACCACAAGCUAGACCUGGGUGAAUUUGCCUAUGUUAAGACUAGGAUCGUACUGCCCGAGAUUCAGGCCUGGGCGGACGAUCUCUUGAAGGAGUGGAAUGCGUACUGGGUUGGACAUGAGCACGUUAGGGGCGACAAAGCCGUCGAAUCUUCCGGCGUCUCUGCUCAGAAGAAGGCUAUGCAGGACAACUACUACAACAAGGAGUAG